UAAAUAAAAAGGCAUAAAUUGGAUUUAACAUUCUUUCCCUUCUUUUUAAUAAAAUUAAUCUCAAGAAAAAAAAAGGAACAUGAGUUUAUCAAAAAUUGAACAAAUCAGACCACCUUUUCCAAUAUUACUGCUCAUGAGCUUUUAAAAUACAAAUCAAUUCCAAACCCUUUCAUAAUAUAUAGAUUAGCGGUGAAAAUGGAAUGUAAAUCGAAAAAUAUUACUAUUGAACGAAAGUUUGUUUCUAAUAUUGCAAGUAAUUUAUGGAAAUCAGAACCUGCUAUUGUUAAAAAUACUUAUAAAGAAAUAGAAAAUGAUGCAAAAAUUCUGUAUAAUAUGAUACAACAAGAAAAUGAUUUUGUUACAUCUGCGAUUUCCGGUGAAAAUAUUUUUCCUCCUUCACCACCUUUACUAUCAUAAUAAGAAAAUUCAUUUUCUUACUUUACACUUGAACAACAAUCUUCAUUUGAAAUUUGACAACUCCAAAAUUAAAUUAUUCUUCUCUUGCACCUGACACAAAUAUUGAAUGUGCUCAAACUCUAGGACAAUAAUCUUCAUUUUGAAUUUAAUUGAAUCGAAUUUUUAAUGAAAAUUUUUCGGUAUGCCCUUAUUUACAACAAAAUAAUUUAGAAUCUUAAAUAAUGAACAAUGUACA